UCUCAGCUUCCGACUCAUUUCAACGUUUUCUGUACGAAGCGGCAACAAGAAAGUUGGUGAAAUUCUUCUCGUUUUUAACAAGCUGCGUUCGUCAACAGUGUUUUUCAUCGACAAGUGUUCAGUAUUACAAGAACGGAUUUGAUUUGGCGUCGAAACAUAAGAAAACCUAGCUGAGAGCUCUUCCCAGCAUGUCGCUGCCCAAGCGGGAGGUUGAGGAGCUGCGGCCUUGGGUGGAGCGGACGGUAAAAAAGGUGCUUGGCUUCUCAGAACCGACUGUGGUCACUGCAGCUCUGCACUGUGUAGGGAAGGGGCUGGACAAAAGAAAGACAACAGAUCAGCUGAGACCGUUUCUCGAUGAUUCUGCAAGUGGCUUUGUGGAGCGACUCUUUGAGGCCCUGGAGGAGAGUAAGAACUCUCGAGGCAACAAGGGUACAGGAGAGAAGAACCGCAAGAGAGAGCUGAAGGAUGUAUUUGGUGAUGAAGUGGAAGGGGGCAAGGAUGCAGAGAGUGGUGAAGUUGCAGCAAAAAAGAAGAGGGUGCCUCGCUUUGAGGAGGUUGAGGAGCCAGAAGUCCUACCUGGACCUCCUACAGAGAGCCCUGGAAUGCUCACCAAGAUGCAGAUAAAGCAGAUGAUGGAAGCAGCCACGCGGCAGAUUGAGGAGAGGAAAAAGCAGCUCAGUUUUGUAGCUCCAGUUUCUGUCCCUCAGCCUAGACUGCCGCUGGCUCCACCCCAGCCAGAGACCCCUGCCUCACGUCCCAUUCUACCCAGCCUGGGUGCUCCUUCAGUGGGAACGCCUCAGUCCAUCGCCCCCUCCCAGGCUGCUAGCUUCAUGAAUGAUGCCAUUGAGAAGGCCCGCAAGGCGGCUGAGCUCCAGGCUAAGAUCCAGUCCACCCUAGCCAUGAAGCCUGGCAUCCUGGGGACUUUGAGCAACACGGGACCACACAACCUUGUAGCGCUAGCCAACCUACACGCCAUGGGGAUUGCACCACCUAAAGUUGAGGCUCGUGAGAUCACGAAGCCAACACCCCUCAUUCUGGACGAGCUUGGAAGAACUGUUGAUGCCAGUGGCAAGGAAGUGGAACUCACACACCGUAUGCCCACUCUCAAAGCUAAUAUUAGGGCAGUGAAGAGAGAGCAGUUUAGGCAGCAGCUGAAGGAGAAGCCUACUGAUGAUCUUGAAUCCACCUCCUACUUUGACCCUCGGAUGUCUGUAGCACCACCACAGAGACCUAGGAAGGGCUUUAAGUUCCAUGAGAAAGGUCGCUUUGAGAAAAUAGCCCAGAGGAUACGCACAAAGACUCAGCUGGAGAGGCUGCAGAUGGAAAUUGCACAGGCUGCUAAGAAAACUGGGAUCCAGGCCUCAACCAAGCUGGCUUUGAUCGCCCCCAAGAAGGAGCUUGGGGAGGGAGAGGUGCCUUCGAUCGAGUGGUGGGAUUCCUACAUCCUGCCCUCCAACGUAGAGCUUUCUGCCGAGACAGUAUUUGAUGGUUUGGAGUUCCAUGGGGUCACUAAUUUGGUGGAGCAUCCAGCCCAAAUGGCCCCUCCAGUGGACCCAGACCAACCAGUGACGCUGGGUGUGUAUCUGACAAAGAAGGAGCAGAAGAAGCUGCGGCGGCAGACGCGUCGAGAGGGGCAGAAAGAGGUUCAAGAGAAGGUCCGACUUGGUCUCAUGCCGCCACCAGAACCCAAAGUGCGCAUCUCUAAUCUGAUGCGUGUGCUGGGGACGGAGGCGGUGCAGGAUCCUACGAAGGUGGAGGCCCACGUCCGAGCACAGAUGGCCAAGAGACAAAAGGCCCAUGAAGAGGCGAACGCAGCGCGUAAGCUCACAGCAGAACAGAGGAAGGAGAAGAAAGUAAAGAAGCUGAGGGAGGAUCUGAGUCAGGGAGUCCACAUUGCUGUCUAUAGGAUCCGAAAUCUGUAUAAUCCAGCCAAGAAGUUCAAAGUGGAGGCCAAUGCACGCGAGCUCUACCUCACAGGCACCGUGGUGCUGCACAAAGAUGUCAACAUCGUAGUGGUGGAGGGAGGACCCAAAUCCCAAAAGAAGUUUAAGAGGCUGAUGCUGAACAGGAUCAAAUGGGACGAGCCCAGUUCAAAGAGAGAAGACCCUGAUGGUUCAGACGAAGAGGGAUCAAAGAAGCACAACAAGUGCACACUGGUUUGGGAGGGUACAGCUAAAGAGCGCAGUUUUGGGGACAUGAAGUUCAAGCAGUGUCCUACGGAGAACAUGGCACGGGAGCAUUUUAAGAAGCAUGGCACGGAGCACUACUGGGACCUGGCCCUGAGCCAGAGCAUCCUGGAGAGCGCUGAUGACUGAGACUGUCGCCACGGAGACAGAACAGACCUGAUAGAUACAGCCUGGUCUGUGGACUGCAAAUCCACUGUGUUUCAUACAAGGGAGGAUAAGACUGCAUUUGUGUAUGUAUAUAAAAAAUAGUCUUUGUGAGACGGGCAGCGAAAGAUUGAGCAUGAGUGGUUAAAGGUUGUUAAAGAGAUCUGUUGUUAAAGAGCAUCUGUGUGGAAAACAGAUUAAUCAAACCUGCGAACUUCAGAGGCUGGAUUUGAAGUAGCCUCUGCUUCGGACAGGUGUGCAAUGGACAUGCUGCAUCUCUUUGAUAGUGUAUAUUCAACGGAGAGCCUAUAGCAUCCAAACGGUCCCAUCACAUCUCUGUAUCGCGCAGCUUCCUAACGGCUUUCUGGCUGCAGUCUGGAGAUAAAAUCAACUGUAACACCACUGCUCUCCUGGAAUACUUUCUUCUGGUUGCGCAGACUCAACGGCAAAUGUUUUAAAAGAGAAUGUGGUGCACAUGUAUGAGGUUAGUUAAGAGAGACACUGUCUGGGACAAAGAACCACCUCUUUCAUUGGAAAAAGGCUUCUUUAUAAGUUACAAGGCACAAAGCUGGGUCAUAAGAUGUUGAGGUAGUUUUGUUUUUAUUUCUCAUUUAAUUAAGUGAAUGGAUGUGAGACCACUCUCUUUGGAUGUACAUAAGCUGUUGCCAACCACAUACAGUGAUUAAAGUUUUGGGGAAACGUAC